CCCUGAUACCCAGACUGAAAAUCUGUAUAUGGUCUACAACUUAAUGUGUAUAUAAGUAGGAACCAGGUCUUGAGGACAGCAAGGAAAGUUCACUGCUUCCCAAUAACACCUCUUAAUAGAGACAAGAACAUCCUAAAGGAAGAACAGAUUGGCUUUGAGAUCUGGCUGCUUUCUAAACCAAGGACUGGAUUUGGUUUAUCCCACCUUGGGAAGUGAGGAAAGGAACAAAGGGUUCCCUUGAAUACUUUCCCCCAUUCCCAAGCAAAGCUUCCUCAUCAGGGGGCGGAGUGUUUGCAUCCAUUUAAAAGGAUAACCAAGGAAACAUCAAGAUGAGCAUGACAGAUAUCCUCUCCCCUAAGGACAUCGAAGCAGCUCUGUCCAGCUGCAAAGCUGCUGGCAGCUUUGACUAUAAGACCUUCUUCUCCAAGGUUGGGUUAUCUGGCAAGACUCCUGAUCAGAUCAAGAAAGUUUUCAGUAUUCUUGACCAGGACAAAAGUGGCUACAUUGAAGAAGAUGAACUUCAGAACUUCCUGCAGAACUUUGCCCCAGAUGCCCGAACCCUGACACCUGAUGAAACCAAGACUUUUCUCACAGCUGGAGAUUCUGAUGGUGAUGGCAAAAUUGGAGUGGAUGAAUUCCAAAGUAUGGCGAAGUCAUAAAUGGCAUUAGACCAAAAGGCAACAUAUGGACUGACUUCAGAUUUUCUUCCAGUAAGCACCUCCUUGGAACAUCUUAGUACAUUUUUGUAUUUGUCAUAUGCCAUUCGUAAAAUGGCUGUGUGUUGUUAAUUUCACAAAUGCAAUUGCUUUCAAGAUCUUGCAAUGUACAGGUGUUUGGGUCAUGUGGUGUUGUAUCUAAAUAAGGGCACAGACAGCAGCAUAACUGUGACCAGUCACACUGUUGAAGCUGUAGCUGGGAUAAGGGUAAAGCAAACAAUAAAAAAAAAAUCUGUGAAAAAAUUCUCCCUUGUUUCUAUUCCAUCCCUUGCAAGGAUGUCUUUUAAGGUCAUGCUCUUGGUAUCUUUAAUCUGCUUUGUCUGGGAUUGAUGAUGGAAACUUUUGGUUCUACUUGAUUUACACAAUGCAGAGAUAAGAAGAAAACUAAAAAUUCCAUGGGCUUCCUUCCAUCCCACCCAUAUUUAUUUAAAAGGAAACCCUACAAAACAUAAAGGAGUUUACUCUUAAACACUUAAAAAUUAAUAUGGUCUAUUGUUCUGACAUAAUUCAAUAUUCACUUUUCUGUAUAAUAGUUUUCCAAUUUGAAUAACUUUUGAUAGACUCUUGUUUAAUCAUUGGGUUAUGAGCUGAACUUUCUAUUGCUUUUCUCUGUUGGUGUCUAUAUUGGACUACUCUCGAGUGGGUUCCUGAUGGGUUCUCCACUGAUGGGUUCUCUGCAAUUUUCUGCUUGUUUUUUCUCCUGCUGCCAUCUUCUGGUCUUUAGUUAAAAAUGUUUUUCUCUGUGGGAAGGAAGAUGUAUUUACCUUUUUUUUUUUUGGAAGGUAAACCCAAACCAAUUUUCCAUCCCACUUCCAUCUUUGAUAUAGAAUCCAACCAAUUAACUGGUUAAAGAGGGUCUUGGGUGCUAAAGUCUUUCAAUUUCAUAAUUUCUGCCUCAGCCUGUCUCUAUUUGAAUCCAGUUAAUUCUUUAGAAUGACAAAAAUUCCUUUGAAUUUAUUUCUACUUCCUUGAAGCCAAUUAUGGUCUAUACAACUUCAGGAAUUAUAAUAAAAGGAAAUAGGUGAAAUUGGCCACACUUGUUCUGCUUCUGGGUAAGUAAUAGUCAUUAUCCUCUUUACUCUCUUGUAAUAGUUGGAACUGAAUUUAUGGGAAGAUUUCUUAUCCAAAGAAAAGAAUCUUCCCUGCUCUCAUUCUUUUGUCACAAUCUUUUGUUUAUACUUUCAUUUAAUAAUAGUAUCUAAAUUGACAACUCUAGUCUGAUUGUUGCUUCCACAAAUUGGAAAGUA